CAGGAGCACUUUACAAAAUGGCGGACGGGUACAGCUGAAGUUUCGAAGACGGUGCAAAUAGGAAAUUUGUUUGUGUAUCAGCUGAUUUCUGAUACUUUCAGUGUCUAAAAUGACGAAUAUAAGAAUGGUUCCUUAUUUAUCAGCUGGUUCAGAAUUUUGAUUUAGAAUAUGUUGGGUUUAAAGACCAACAAAGUUCAAUCUAUCAGCUCUGUGAGUUUAGCUGGACUUCCCAAAGAUGUGCGGAUCCCUACUAGUGGCAAUCACCGCCGUACAUCAAAAGGAUCAUUGUCUGGUUCACUGGCAGGAUUUGAACAAUUGGAGAAAAGCAAGAAGUCAUGGAUUGCUGGACAUUUUCGAGGUCGGGAGUGCAUCAAAAUUGUGAAAGAUGCAAAGAAGACUCGCUCAGAAGAGAAUCCAAUGUGUAUGUGUGGUAGAACUAAGAAUCAACAUGAUUUAAAUGUGGCCAGAGAGGACACUGGUGAUCAAUGGACCCCAGAAAGGUGCACACGGCAGAUGCAAACUGAUGCAUAUGGGGAGAUUGACUUCCUUGGUACAGGCAGUCAGAAUAAACGCUCUCCAUAUGUCCGCGUGUCACACGACACUGAUGUUCAGCUCAUCCUAAAGUUGAUGCUUGAAAGAUGGAAUCUUGAAAUUCCCAAUCUGGUUAUUUCUGUGACGGGGGGUGCCAAGAGUUUUGUUCUCAAACCCAGAUUGAAAGAAGUGUUCAGAAGAGGUCUGAUUAAAGCAGCUAAGUCGACGAGUGCCUGGAUUAUAACAGGUGGAACCAAUGCUGGUGUUAUGAAGCAUGUGGGUGAAGCCGUGAGAGAACAGGAAAUCACAUUUGGUAGUGAGGAUAAAGUUAAUGUUAUUGGCAUCGCUACUUGGGGCAUUGUGGACAGAAAGGAUUCUUUAAAAGCGUCUAAGGACACAAAUGGUCUGUAUCCGGCCCACUACCGCAUGGAACAGGUCCCAGGCUCCAGUGGGGCUUUGCUGGAUUCAAAUCACUCGCACUUCCUGUUGGUGGAUAACGGAACAGAAGGAAAGUACGGUGUGGAGAUUAACUUGCGCUCAAGAUUUGAGGAAGCUGUAAUGAAGGUCAAAACUGACUCUAGGUCUGCUGCAGGUGCCAUUGGUGUCCCUGUGGUCCUAUUGGUUUUGGAGGGUGGACCAAACACUGUUCGUACCAUGUGUGAGUUAAUCAAAAAGAAAAUCCCAGCUGUUGUAAUUGAUGGAAGUGGUCGUGCAGCAGAUGUGGUGGCUUAUGCCUACAGUCACACCACUAAAAGUGACGGGAAAUUUAUCGUCGAUCCUCAGUAUGAAGGGAAAAUACGAGCUAAGGUGGCGGACGUGUUUCAAUUUAGGAAGGAGCAAGAAGUCGACGAACAUUACAAGAUGAUCGAAGAAGUACUUGAAGACGAUAAGAUGAUCUCUAUUUACCGAAUGGAUGACGAGACCAAUAUAUCUCAAGACAUUGAUCUUGCAAUUCUAAAAGCCCUCCUAAAAGCCAACAGUUCCGCUCCUUUGAUGCAGUUAAAUUUGGCACUGGCCUGGAACCGGAUUGACGUCGCUAAAAGUGAGAUCUUCACUGAUGACAAACGUUGGACGACGGAGGCACUGACUAAUCCUAUGUUGGCAGCUUUGCUCGACGAUAAGCCAGGAUUUGUUGAACUAUUCCUACAGAAUGGUCUCAGCAUGAGAGAAUUUCUUACACCGCAGAUAUUAUGUCAGUUGUAUGCUGGGGUCCCAAGUAACAGCGUCAUAAAGCCUCUGGUUCAAAAAGAAAUGAAUAAAAAGAAUAUUACAGCCUUAAACCUGAGGGUUAUUGGUGAAGUGAUAGAAGAAUUGAUGGGCGAUUCAUAUCAUAGCCUUUAUCUUCGGGAUCCACGUUAUAUGACCUCACUUCCUGAGGAAAGGGGCAAAAGUCGAAAAAUCACCCAGCCAGCUAUUGUAUGCAAUCCCCUUCACAGAAUCGACCCUCUAAAGACACCGUAUCGUGACGUAUUUAUCUGGGCAGUGCUUAGUAACCGGAAAGAGAUGGCCAAGCUCAUGUGGAGCAUGGGCCGAGAACAGAUCGCAACCGCGCUCAUGGCAACGCGUCUUCUUAAAUCCAUGGCGGGAAAGGCGCGUGCUGAUGAUACCAUCACUGACAUCAGCCCAGAGCUGCUGGAGGUUGCGAACGAUUUUGAACAACACGCAAUCGGCGUACUUCAAGAAUGUUACGAAGAGAAUGAAAAUCUCUCCCAGACACUGCUCGUUAAAGAACUGGAUAAUUUCGGUAACCUGACAGCACUUGAUCUGGCUGUCAUGGCUGAAGAUCAGAAUUUCAUUGCACAUACGAGCUGCCAAGUGCUACUCACCAGACUCUGGAUGGGAGCGAUGGCCAUGAACACUAAAUGGUGGAAGAUCAUUCUUUGCACGUUCUGUCCAUUCCUGAUUUUUCCCCUGAUUUACUUUGUCCCGGAUGAGCAGCACGAAAGAGAGGCCGCAGCUCGUCUGUCGCAGAAGGGAUUGUACUCUAAAAGUAUGAAGAAUAUAAGGAGACCCAGCAUAACAGGAGAAACAGUCGAACUACAAAAGGUUGAAACUGUCAGAAACGGAAAUCCUAAGACUAACCUCGACGAAGAAUCUAAAGUAGGAGAAGAGGAAGAUAUAGUGGAGGACAUAGUUGAAGAGAUAGUGGAACAUAUUCCAGAGCUUCAAGAAGAUCAUUCUAUGGAGCAUAUGAUGCGAUCCACAGACAUGACUUUUUAUGAUAGAAUCACAUCCUUCUACUCAGCGCCGUUCACUAAGUUUAUGGGAAAUUUGGUGUCUUACAUAGCAUUCAUCUUGCUUUAUGGUUACGUAAUCACGAUGUACUUCCCGAAAUUUGACUCGUCCAAGACUCUCGGCGGAUUAAGUGUGGUGGAAUUUGUUCUUUACUUCUGGAUCCUCACUAUCAUAAUGGAAGAAAUUAGACAGCUGGCGGCUCAACAACCGAAGACCUUUGGUGACAAACUUAGUGUUUACUUCAGUGACACGUGGAAUCUCGUGGACACAUUUGCACUCCUGGCUUUUGUGGUUGCAGCAUGUCUGCGCUUUUUUGAUUCAACCUAUGAAGCUGCCCGGAUCAUAUUUUCACUGAAUAUAAUAGUGUUUAUCGUGCGUUCCCUUCAGAUCGUUUCUGUCAACAGACAGCUCGGUCCCAAACUUGUCAUGAUUAGAAAAAUGCUUGAGGAUCUGAAGCAGUUUGUAAUCAUUUUGGCCAUAUUUAUUAUCGCUUAUGGAAUCGCACUGCAAGCGGUGUCAUUCCCAGGCCCCGGACAGUUCGCCAAGACCUGGGAUCAGGUGAUCCGUGGAAUACUGGACCUACCUUACUGGCAGAUGUACGGAGAACUCUUUCUCGAAGAAAUUUCAGGUCAAAAGCCCUCAGAGUAUUUUGAGGUUCAUCCUACUGCUAAAUGGCUGUCGCCGGCGCUCUUAGCUGGCUACAUGUUGUUUACAAAUGUUCUUUUACUUAAUCUUCUCAUCGCCAUUUUCAGUUACACUUUCGAGAGAGUGCAAGAAGACUCGGACAAGGUAUGGAAGUUUCAGCGAUAUGAACUGAUCGCUGAAUAUCACGGAAGACCGCUGUUCUUUCCUCCUUUGAUCUUCAUCUCUCACGUCCUGAUCUCCAUCCGAUGGAUAUGGCGGCUAUGCCGCUGUGGAAAUCCUCCCUCGGUCAGCUCUAUGAAAAUUAAAUUGACUGAUUACGAGAAGGAGCAACUUGAGAACUGGGAGUUUCAGGGAGCAGAGUACUUCCUUCACACGAAACGAACAGAGGAGAAGAACACAUUGGAAAAAAGAGUCUGUACCCUCGGAGACAGGGUAAACGACGCCACUGUUAAGCUUGACCGUAUAAUGGAAUGUGUGAUGGACACUAGUGCCGUGGACUCAGAGAGCGCCCCCGGAGUAGCUCAGCCGAAUAUAGAUUUUAGACCGCCGACGCGUGACACUGGUGCUUUGGAGCGGAGACUGGCGCGAAUGGAGGACAACGUGGCGUCGAUAUUAGAAACGAUGAAGUCGUUGGUGGAUUUAGCUCAUAGUCAAAAGGUUCAAACUUCCUCCAUGCCGUCGUCAGAAACUGCGCCCGCCAACAUUCUUGAUCUCCGUCCAGUAGCUCCAGCGUUCAUCCAUCACAAGGCACGCGCAACGCCCUACCCGCAAUCCACUGUGAAGAGAUUUCAGGUUCCGGAUGAUAACGUGCCGUGGGAAGUGGACUUACCAGAUUACAGUCCCGUAAAUUAUACCGCCCCUAUUGUUCUGAAGAAACCUCCAUGGGCUGACUACGACUUAAUGAGCAUGCAUCCUUCAGCUCGUCCAGCGCUGGCCUACAACAGGCUCGACGAUGAAUAUAAAGUAAACCGUGCUAGUCAUAUGGGACCGUACCGAGUGAAAGACGGACUACCGCUUAAUCCCAUGGGCCGCACGGGCGUCGUAGGAAGAGGACUCCUGGGACGAUUCGGUCCCAACCACGCCGCUGAUCCCAUUGUUACACGGUGGAAGAGAACCAGCGGCGGUGUUAUGUUAGACGGAGGGAAAAAAGUUCUUGAGUUUGUUGCUAUUCAAAGAAGGGACAAUAGUCAGUGGGCCAUACCAGGGGGUAUGGUCGAACCGGGGCAAGUUGUAACUCAGGUUCUUAAGGCGGAGUUUGGAGAAGAGGCAAUGGCAAAGCUCAGUGUCACAGACGCAGAAAGAGAGAAAAUCAGCCGGCAAAUCGACAGACUCUUUCACAACGGAGUUGAGGUGUACAAAGGUUACGUUGAUGAUCCCAGAAACACAGACAACGCUUGGAUGGAAACAGUGGCCGUCAAUUUCCACGACGACACCGGAGAAAUAUUCAGUGAAUUCAAGCUACAAGCCGGAGACGACGCGGCCGCAGUGCGGUGGCAGAGAGUCAGUGGCAAUAUUCCUCUUUUUGCAAGUCACGUGUCUAUACUGGAAAAAGUCGCCAAAAUUAGAAACGCAGCAUUUUAAAAUCAAACACCAAAGGGAAAAAAAUGGAAUAUUUUCAAGAGGGGGUUUCCUUUCACAGUGUGGGUGAAAGAGGUUAUUUAUUUUUCACGUCAUGUGAAUAGUAUUUGAACCUGUAUAGUAUUGAUGGUAGUUUCAUACUGCUUAGAAGACAUUUCUAAAUCUUUUUAGAUGUAAAGCAGUGUAGUUCGUGAUCAAAGAUAAACUGUCCUUGUUACAAAGCUUGUCAGGACACGAAGCUGAUUGUAUUUAUUUUUUUUAAUUGAAAAGUGGUUAAUUUCCAAUACUCUUUUGUUUUUUCAUGAAUUUCAAUAAUUGUAGGUUGUUAUUUUUGUAUGAAAUAGAUUCACCAAGGAGUGUUGUUGGAUAAAUUAUGAAAUUUUUCUUUCCAACAAAGUUUAUAUUUGAAUCAUUAACACACAUUAAUUUUUAUUUAUUUCUGAGUCUUUUAUUCUUCUUUCUUUUAACCAACGUUACUCACUACUCAAGAGAUAACUUUUCUCAAAACAUACGUGUCUCUAGAACAGAAGGGGGCACAAGUGGUGUGGAGGGGCAGAAAAUCUUCCCUACUCAGCCCUCCCUUGGAUCUGUCACUGUUAAACUUCUCACUAAUUGUUAACAUUUUGUAAAUAGAAUUUCCAACAAAAGUGAACUGAAUAAAAACUCAGCUUUAGUCUUUGGAGUGUUUCUGUUCACUCUCACUGAA